AUGCCGGAUUGGAAUCUCGCUACCUGGACGACAAUGCUGCAGGCCUAUGCCCAAAUGGGGCACCUCUCCGACGCUUGGGUGGUGUUCCGGUCCAUGCCGGAGCAUGACGUGAUAAGCUGGAUCGCAAUUCUCCUUGCGAACUACCAAAACAGCGACCUCGCGAGCACGAAAGCUGUGUUUGAUUCCAUGCCGGACUGGAGUGCUGCUUCGUGCACGGUGAUGCUCCAGGCCCUUUCCGACCGUGGCCACAUCACUGCUGCAAGGGACGUCUACGAUUCGAUUACGGACAAGAAUGUGGUGGCGGGGACGGCCAUGAUCACCGCGUAUUCCCAGGCGGGAAUGCCCACCCACGCCCAGGAGGUUUUCGAUUCCAUGGAAGAGAAAAACGUGCUGACGUGGAGCUCGCUCAUGUCUGCAUAUGCCCAGGCCAGGCAGAUGCCUCAGGCGGAGAAUCUCUUUGAGCAUAUGCCAGAGCGGAACCUGGUGUCGUGGUCAACGAUGAUAUCCGGGUUCGCGGAGAAUGGCAACUUGGAGAAUGCAAGAUGCUGUUUUGAUUCCAUGCCGGAGCACACGCAGGCAGCGUGGAACGCAAUGGCGGCAGCAUAUACCAUUUGCGGGCAUCUGGAAGACGCUAAGGAAACGUUCGACGACAUGCCCGAUCGAGACCAAAUCUCCUACACGGCCAUGGUCCAAUCUUACGCGCAAAACGGAAACAUAGGCGAAGGGAUAUCGCUCGUCUACGCAAUGCCGCACAGAGACGCCAAGACCUGGAAUGCGAUAAUGGCAGCACUUGCCCAGAAGGGGUAUCUGGAUCGCGCGCGCCGGGUGUUCGACGCCAUGCCAGAAUCCAACGGAGUCUCGUGGAGCGCCAUAGUCUCCUGCUACGCGCAGACGGGCCGCGGGGAGUCAGGUGUCCGGAUGUUUGCGGCAAUGGCGGCGGAGGGAUUCCCCGCAGACCAGGUGGCUUGCCUGAGCGGGCUCGUUGCUCAAACCCACAUCGGCAGGGUCCCGCAGUGCUGCGCCUUCUUCCGCUCCAUGCAACAGGACUUCGGGGUGGCGCCGCUGGCGGAGCACUUCCUGUGCAUGGUGGACUUGCUGGGAAAGGCCGGGCAUCUGGAGCGAGCGGAGGAGCUGGUGGAGACCAUGCCCUACGUACCGCACGUCAAGACGUGGGGCGCGCUGCUGGGCGCUUGCCGGCUCCAUGCAGACGUCGGGCGGGCCAGCGACGCGGCCAGGAAUCUCUUCGCCGUGGACACUCGAGAUUCCGGAUCUCACGUGUUGCUGUCCAACAUGUGUGCUUAUCCGUGA